AUGGAUGGUUUGGUGCGCCUAGUUAGAGAUAACCUCGUAUAUUAUCAUUUAUGGACUAACGUAAAAGCACUUCCGAUUCGAGCAGGCCAUGUUUUAGGUGGACUACCACCCUCACAAUUAAGUAACGAUGACAGUGAAAUAACCACCGAAUACGUAUACCCAGUACAGCUUAAACAGUACAAGUCGGGGAAUUUGACGCUUCAAUUACUGGAUGAAAUAUUUGUAGAUUUACAGGAUGUGUCAUGCAAGCGGAUAAUACUUGGAAUAGUUAAUGAUGAUGGCACUGUAGUAUAUUAUACUGUAUAUAAAGGUCUUCAUAAGCCCAAAAAGAACUAG